AUGGACGCCGAGUUUGAGCAGAUCCGGAAGCUCCAGGCCGAGCGCAAUGCCGCCGCCGCUGCAAAGAAAGGUUUUCGGGCCUUCGAUCCCGCCAACCAGCGUGCUGACUCGUCUACCAAGGCCAAGCUGAGCGAAGCCUGGGACACGGAUCUCUACGAGCGCGAGAAUGGCGACAAGUUUGCCGGCUACCACCGCGCCCUGCCCGCUGCCGACGGCGACGAGGAUGAGGAGAUGACGGACGCCGACAGCUCUCGCCGCCUGGUUGGCCAGUACACCGCCACCCGCGCCCAGAUUGAGGAAUUCGCCCGUGGAAAUGGCGUCGAGGAAGACGACCCCCUCGCUGGCCGCGGCGAGCGCAGCAACCGCAUCACCGACCGCGAGACCGACUACCAGAAACGCCGCUUUGACCGCGCCGUUGACGUUGGCUCAGCUAGGGAGGGCGAGACUUACCGCGAUAUCAUGGAACGCCGCGAGCUUGAGCGUGAGGAAGAGCGUGUCCGCCGCGCCAUCGAGCAGAAGAUGAAGGAGGGUCCUGUUGAGGAACACAAGCCGGUGCUACAGGAUGGUGCCGACAAGGAGAAUCAGGAUGCAUCCGCCGAGACCGCUGCUGGCCGCAAGCGCAAGAAGAGGUGGGAUGUUGCCUUCACUGAGACCACCGAGCAGACUGCUCAAGCGCCGGCCGAGCCCAAAAAGAGAUCGCGCUGGGACCAGGCGCCUUCAGUCCCUGUCAUAGGAGCUGCGCCAGGCGCAGAGCUAAAAAAAAAGUCAAGGUGGGACCAAGCCCCGUCUGCCACGCCUGUUGGCAACGUCGGCCUCGCUACCCCGAUGCACCCCUCCCAGGUUGCAGUGCUGCCCACCACCUUCGGAACAGAUGCGUCGGGCCGGUACAUGCCCCUCAGUGACGAAGAGCUGGACGCCAUGCUUCCCGGCCCCGAUGAGGGCUACAAGGUCCUAGAGCCGCCACCGGGCUAUGCACCGGUACGGGCCCCCGCCCACAAGCUGGUAACGGCGCCCACCCCAGCCACGGGGUUCAUGAUACAGGAUCCCACGAGCGGGCAAGUUACCGGCCAGCAGAUGCCUAAGGAGAUCCCCGGCGUUGGUGAUCUGCAGUUUUUUAAGCCCGAAGACAUGGCCUACUUUGGCAAGUUGACAGACGGAGCCAACGAGGACGAUCUCAGUGUUGAAGAGCUCAAGGAGAGGAAGAUCAUGCGCCUCCUGUUGAAGGUCAAGAAUGGCACUCCUCCCAUGCGGAAGACCGCGCUCAGACAGCUUACAGACAACGCACGCAACUUUGGCGCGGGACCCUUAUUCAACCAGAUCCUUCCCUUGCUCAUGGAGAGGACGCUCGAGGACCAGGAGCGCCAUCUGCUCGUGAAGGUCAUCGACCGCAUUCUGUACAAGCUGGACGACAUGGUGCGGCCGUACGUCCACAAGAUUUUGGUCGUCAUCGAGCCGCUGCUCAUUGACCAGGACUACUAUGCCCGGGUAGAGGGUCGUGAGAUCAUUUCCAACCUCGCCAAGGCCGCCGGUCUUGCAACCAUGAUAAGCGUCAUGCGGCCCGACAUCGAUCACGUGGAUGAAUACGUGAGAAACACCACCGCCAGAGCAUUCGCCGUCGUCGCCUCUGCUCUUGGUAUACCCGCUCUCCUCCCCUUCCUCCGAGCUGUCUGCCGCAGCAAGAAGUCGUGGCAGGCACGCCAUACUGGCGUCAAGAUUGUGCAGCAGAUCCCCAUCUUGAUGGGCUGCGCAGUCCUCCCCCAUUUGAAGCAGCUCGUCGAUUGCAUCGGGCCCAACCUGAACGACGAGCAGACCAAGGUGCGAACGGUUACAAGCUUGGCUAUCGCUGCCCUCGCUGAGGCAUCAAACCCGUACGGUAUUGAGAGCUUCGACGACAUCCUCAACCCUCUAUGGACGGGCGCCCGCAAGCAGCGAGGUAAGGGCUUGGCCGGCUUCCUCAAAGCUGUUGGCUACAUCAUCCCCCUCAUGGACGAGGACUACGCAAACUACUACACAAGUCAGAUCAUGGAGAUUCUUCUACGCGAGUUCGCCUCGCCCGACGAGGAAAUGAAGAAGGUCGUGCUGAAGGUUAUCUCGCAGUGCGCUGCUACCGACGGAGUCACGGCUGGCUACUUGAAGGAACACGUGCUGGACGAGUUUUUUAAGAGCUUCUGGGUGCGCCGCAUGGCCCUCGAUAAGCGCAACUACAGGCAAGUAGUUGAGACAACGGUCGACAUCGGCCAAAAGGUUGGCGUCAGCGAGAUCCUCGAGAGGAUUGUGGGCAACCUGAAAGAUGAGAGCGAAGCAUAUCGCAAGAUGACGGUGGAAACGGUGGAGAAGAUAGUGGCUUCUCUCGGAGCCGCCGACAUUGGCGAGCGCCUAGAAGAACGGCUCAUCGACGGCAUCUUGCAUGCGUUCCAGGAGCAGAGCGUCGAAGACAUCGUCAUGCUCAACGGAUUCGGCUCCGUGGUGAAUGCUCUCGGCACGCGCUGCAAGCCAUAUCUUCCGCAAAUUGUCAGCACCAUUCUCUGGCGUCUCAAUAACAAAUCACCCACAGUCCGCCAGCAGGCAGCCGACCUCGUCUCGCGAAUCGCCAUGGUCAUGAAGCAGUGCGGCGAGGACGCCCUGAUGGGCAAGCUGGGCAUCGUCCUCUACGAAUACCUUGGCGAGGAAUACCCCGAGGUGCUUGGCUCCAUCCUGGGCGCCCUCCGCUCCAUCGUCACCGUGGUCGGCAUCAGCCAGAUGCAGCCCCCCAUCAAGGACCUCCUCCCGCGGCUCACGCCCAUUCUCCGCAACCGGCACGAAAAGGUCCAGGAAAACACCAUUGACCUUGUCGGCCGCAUCGCGGACCGCGGACCGGAGAGUGUCAACGCGCGCGAGUGGAUGCGCAUCUGCUUCGAGCUGCUCGACAUGCUCAAGGCGCACAAGAAGGGCAUUCGCCGCGCGGCCAACAACACGUUUGGCUUCAUCGCAAAGGCCAUCGGCCCGCAGGACGUCCUCGCCACCCUGCUCAACAACCUGCGAGUGCAGGAGCGCCAGUCCCGCGUCAAUACCGCCGUUGCCAUCGGCAUCGUCGCCGAGACGUGCGCCCCUUUCACCGUCCUCCCGGCCCUGAUGAACGAGUACCGCGUGCCGGAGCUCAACGUGCAGAACGGCGUGCUCAAAUCGCUGUCCUUCUUGUUUGAGUACAUCGGCGAGAUGGCCAAGGACUACGUCUACGCGGUGACCCCGUUGCUUGAGGACGCGCUCAUUGACCGCGACCAGGUCCAUCGCCAGACGGCCGCCAGCGUCGUCAAGCACAUUGCCCUGGGCGUCGUCGGGUUGGGAUGCGAGGACGCCAUGCUGCAUCUGCUCAACCUGCUGUACCCCAACCUGUUUGAGACGAGCCCGCACGUCAUCGACCGCAUUAUCGAGGCCAUCGAGGCGGUGCGCAUGGCGGUCGGGCCGGGCUUGGUUCUGAAUUAUGUCUGGGCUGGCUUGUUCCAUCCGGCCAGGAAGGUUCGCACGCCGUAUUGGAGGCUGUAUAAUGACGCGUAUGUGUGGGGCGCGGAUGCCAUGGUGCCGUACUAUCCGAAUCUGGUUGAGGAGGGAAUUGAUCGGAGCGAGCUGGCUGUUUUUCUUUAA